AUCGCAUACGUCAAAAUGACACAAUGACUCAAAUCAAGAGAUUAACCUUAAAAUUUUAAAAAGAACAUUUUUCUAUUUGUUUAUAAAAUCAAGUAUUCAAGGUAUUUAUUGUUACAGUUUUCUUUGCUAUCAUACUUCACUAAAAUGGAUAUUUUAUCCCGUCCUGCCGAAGAAUUUGAGAAUGACCAGUCAAUUGAAGCAAUGUGGGCUAUGAAAGCCUUCGAACAUGCAGAAGUCCACUUCAACCUACUAUGUUCUGUAGAUCCACAAUCUCUACAACUAUCGCCUCAAGAUGAGCUGGUAUACAAGGUAUUCAGGGAACAGUUUCACGAUCUCAAAAUAGAUGUUCUGAAUGAAGAUGAUCUAAAGAGCUCAAAAGCUAAAGAAAAAUGGAGACAAUUCUGUGAACAGUUCAAAAAUAUCAUUGAAGAUUAUAGUUUUGGUACUUUGUUAAGGCUUGAUGCUUCCGAUGACUACAGUGAAAAGAAUUCAAUCUUAGUAACAAAGAUACAAUUUCUAGCAAUAGAGAUAGCAAGAAAUAAAGAGGGUAUCAACAAUAAUUUGAGGAAAAGGUUCAAGUCAAGCUCAAAAAAAAAGGAACUAAAUUGAAAUGUAUGUAGGUUAAGGAAUGUUUGGAAAUAAAACAUUUUUUUGUACUUAUUUUUAUUAAUUUUUUA